AUGGACUCGGAUCUCGCGAAUUUGUGUGAGCAGUGUUUUAAAAAUGAAUUCAAAUAUAAAUGUCCUGCCUGUGCUAUAAGAACAUGUUCUCUCGAAUGCUCGAAACUUCAUAAGCAACAGACCAAAUGUACUGGGCUGGUGGAUCCAGCUAAAUACUUUUCUCGGCACGACAUAGCAGCAUCUCCAGCUAUUAUUAAUCGAGAUUACAGCUUUCUGCAGACCCUGGAUCGUGAACUGGUACUUGGGAAACGCACAGUUAGUGAGGUAUUGACAGCGUCGAACUCUGGUAAACGAAGUCGGCAGCAGCAGAUUCAGCAGAGGAGACGGGGUGGUCAGCGGUCUGAUGAGAGACUUGUCAACGGAAUUCGAGUAAAGCAACUGCCGCAAGGCAUGCAACGAAGCAUAAGCAAUAAAUCAGGCUGGAACAACAAACGCAAGAAGUACUUCUGGACCGUGGAGUGGAUCUUUAUCCACAGCAACGGUGAUAGUAGUGAGACAGUCGGUGAAACGAGUAAAAACCAAAUUAAAGACGAAGAAACUAAAAGGGAAGAAACCAAAGAGGAGGUAGAAGGUACCAGCGACGAUAUCCAAGAACAGCCUAUAGACCAAAAGAGUCCUGACGGUGAUAGUACCAGCAUCGAACAAAAUAGCAUUGCAGACGACACCAAAGAACGAAUUACGGAACAAAAGAGUUCUGACAGUGACAGUACCAGCAUCGAACAAAAUAGCAUUGCAGACGACACCAAAGAAAGAAUUACAGAAGAAAAGAAUCCUGACAUUGACAGUACCAACAUCGAACAAAAUAGCAUUGGCGACGGUGCUAGGAUCACCUGUACAAAAGAAGUUCCUGAUAGCGAGAUUUUAGACGAAGCUGCCCGGCGGAUAUACAAGUUCAGCCCCGGCGGGACGGACCUCCCAGCUGCCUCAAAGCUAGCAGUUUACUUAAAAAAGGUCGACUGUCCAGCCAACAAACCCCAACUGAUCAAACUGGACGGCGAAAAACCGCUAGCAGAAGCACUGGCCGGCCAGUGCGUGCUGGAGUACCCAACUCUGUUCGCCAUAAUCGGCAAACAAGGCUCUCACGAACCGACAGACCUCCCAGCAGGAUAUUUAUUAGACGAAGGAGACGCUUCCAGUGACAGCUCUACCGACUCCAGCGACGACUCUAGCACCACAGCCAGUGAUUCCAGCUCCAGCUCCAGCGAGUCCGACUCACCACCCGCCGAAGAGUCUUCAAAAGGACCGUAG